CGGCGCAGACAAAGAGCGGCGCCUGGGCGGCGCAGCGCGGCCGCCGCCCCGGGACCCGCGCCGCUGCCCUCCGGCCUCGGCGGGCGGCCCACGGCGAGAUUUCAUGUGUUCCUUUUAUGCAGUUGACAUCCCAGAUCAUAAUUCCCUGCUGAGAUUUGAGAAUUUGGAAAAUUCUUGCAGCUUUAUAACAUCAGAGGUAUAAUCAGCUGAAAAAUUCAUCUUUUUGAAGAGUUCUGCAUUUCGCCAGUUGCCUCUUGUAACUGUGUGCCAAAGAAGGACUCCAUGAAAGAUGACAGAAGAAGUUAUUGUUAUAGCCAAGUGGGACUACACUGCCCAGCAGGACCAGGAGCUGGACAUUAAGAAGCAUGAGCGCCUGUGGCUGCUGGAUGACUCCAAGACAUGGUGGCGGGUGAGGAACGCGGCCAACAGGACGGGCUAUGUGCCGUCCAACUACGUGGAGCGGAAGAACAGCCUGAAGAAGGGCUCCCUUGUGAAGAACCUGAAGGACACACUGGGCCUCGGCAAGACGCGCAGGAAGACAAGCGCGCGGGACGCGUCCCCGACACCCAGCACGGACGCCGAGUACCCCGCCAACGGCAGCGGCGCCGACCGCAUCUACGACCUCAACAUCCCCGCCUUCGUCAAGUUCGCCUACGUGGCCGAGAGGGAGGACGAGCUGUCGCUGGUGAAGGGCUCGCGCGUCACCGUCAUGGAGAAGUGCAGCGACGGCUGGUGGCGGGGCAGCUACAACGGUCAGAUCGGCUGGUUCCCCUCCAACUACGUGCUGGAGGAGGCGGACGAGGCGGCCGCCGAGUCCCCGAGCUUCCUGAGCCUUCGGAAGGGCGCGGUGCUGAGCAAUGGGCAGGGCGCGCGGGUGCUGCACGUGGUGCAGACGCUGUACCCUUUCAGCUCCGUCACCGAGGAGGAGCUCAACUUCGAGAAGGGGGAGACGAUGGAGGUGAUCGAGAAGCCCGAGAACGAUCCAGAGUGGUGGAAAUGCAAGAACGCCCGGGGCCAGGUGGGCCUUGUCCCCAAAAACUACGUGGUGGUGCUCAGUGACGGGCCAGCCCUGUACCCCGCCCACACCCCGCAGAUAAGCUACACGGGGCCCUCGGCCAGCGGGCGCUUCGCGGGCAGAGAGUGGUACUACGGCAACGUGACGCGCCACCAGGCCGAGUGCGCCCUCAACGAGCGGGGCGUCGAGGGCGACUUCCUCAUUAGGGACAGCGAGUCCUCGCCCAGUGACUUCUCCGUAUCUCUUAAAGCAUCAGGGAAGAACAAGCAUUUCAAGGUGCAGCUCGUGGACAAUGUCUACUGCAUUGGGCAGCGGCGAUUCCACACCAUGGACGAGCUGGUGGAACACUACAAAAAGGCGCCCAUCUUCACCAGUGAGCACGGGGAGAAGCUCUACCUCGUCAGAGCCCUGCAGUGAUGGCGGCCCGCAGGCCCUGUGCCCAGCCAGCUCCAGGCCCUCAGUGCCACACUCGCCCCCAGGGCCAGCGGUCAGCCAGCUUUCCUGCUCUGCGGAGGGUCCGUCUGCUGGUGGCUCACCUUGACCGGCUUCCUCUGGCUUCCUUUGCCUUGUCUGUCUUUCUGUUCAGCUCACUCUGUUGCUUUGUUUCCCAUUUGCCAUCCCAGGCCUCACACCCAUGCUUGAGCCCACCACCCCCACCCUCCAGCCUGGUUUAAAGGAUGGGAGGUGGAAAGGGGCGAGCUUGUUCACUAUAUUUCUUUUCCAUUGGAAACGGCGAGAGUGUCUUUAGAUUGCUCAUGCCAACAGAAUCCUCAUUAGAAAGGCAUUGAGCACAGCCUGAAUGCACUGGAGCCCUGGGCUCCUCUGCCUGCCAGGCAGCAGAUGCAGUAUCCCUGGUCCCAGCGGCCCUUGUUCCUUGUCCUGUGCCAUGAUGUGGCUCCCAGACUCUGCAGGGAGUGAGCGCCCAUGCUGAUAGCAAUACUGGAACCACCAGAGAGACAGCAGUGAGCAAAUUGUCCAGUGCCUUGGGGCUGUGCUUGCAAUAAAGAGAGAAUUCCCUUGAAAGUCAGUCUGCAGAAGAGGGAACCAUGACUCAGAAGGACAGAUGUUUUGGUAAUUUACCCCACAUGUGCCAUCCACAUAGUGCUUUUUCCUCUUGCCCUUCGGCUUGUUUGAAUUUCACAAUUAUGUAUUUAAUUCUCGAAGUAAUAUGUAUCUGUAGCCGUUUGUUGACACUAAUGCAGAUGAUUUAAGGAAAAGAGCUGAUCUAAGGGGAAGGGGGGCUACCAACACUUUAUACACACGCACACACAGUAUAUAUAUACAUAUAUAUAUAUAUAUGUAUAUGUAUAUGUAUAUAUAUAUAUAUAUAAUUUGCUUUACAGGGAAAUUUUUCAGGGUUUACAAAAGAAUAUGUGAUUGGUAGUAAGAGACACAGAAUGUUUAUGUAGAAAUUGCAUUUUCUCUUUUCUUGACAUUUGAACUUCUUUAUAGUUUAAAAAUACAUUCUUGAGAUGGCACAUUCCUACGAUUGAAGAAGGGGUCUUGAGAUCCCCUAAACUUGCAUACCCAGUUUUUUGGAUAUUGUAAUAAAAAAAAAAGUAUUAUGACAAGACUCUGUGUGUAUUUAUCUGGAAAGAGUCAGAGUCAGGGAGAGUCAUGACUGCAGCAUUUACUGAACACUCAUUGCUGAAAGGGAACAUUUUUAGGAAGGAGUUUAACAUGUUUAUUACUUGUUUUCUUUUUUCAGAGUGUGUUCUUUUCCUACCCCCACAGUUUUGUAUAUUGAAAUAAUAGGUUUUAAUUAGUGAAACUCCAAGAGAACUCAGAAUCUCAAGCUUGGUCUUCACUUUACUCUCUGGAAAUUAUUUGUUAAAAAAUGUUUUACUGCACCGCUCUCAGCAGAGCUCUCGUGGUCGGUGUACCUCUCCCCUGCUGUUUUGCUCAGCAAGUGCCCACUGGCACUGCCAGCAUUGCCAGUCACUGGCACUGCCAGGCAUGGGCAGUGCAACCCAGUGGUGCAGGUUUUGUGCCCCUGAGGCCAGCCAUCACCAGUACGUAUUGAGCACCCUCAGGGCCAGGCACAGGGUCCCCAUUUGUUCCUCCUCCACCCUGUGAGCUGGGUCCUGCUCUCAUCCCCAUCUUACAGAUGAAGAAAGCGAGGUACGAAGUCAACACACAAAGACACUGGGCCAUCGCGGGGCAUGGCGGGGAUGCAAGCCAGGGGUCUGCCCCAGGCCGGGCCCUUCCCACCCAGCCUAGGAGGGAAUGCAAGAGGAGUGAGGCGUUUCAUGAGAGUUUGCAGUUAGCGUACCGCUCCUGUCUCCUGUGAGUUAAUUGCAUCUUUUCAUUGCCUUUGAUGGUAAUAAAUUAGAAGUUUGGUAUCUGGUACCUGAGGUUGGCAGCACCCAGUCAUCUCUGAAUAGAGUUUUAGAUGAGUGAGGCAGGUCAUUACCCUAGACAAAAUACCUCUGUUCUGUGCCUUAUCCAUGGAAAAACAAUUCCUGCAGACUGUUAAGAUUCACUGUUGUGCAUUACAUUUUGAUCUUUUGCUAGAGUCCCUCUAAAAAAAUGAGUGCAUGGUCAGCCAAAGGACUGUGACUUACAUGUGGCAAUUUGUGAGGAAGCGAGCAAUCAAAGGAUGGAACACAGACACACAUUUGGCUUCAGGAGCUUCUUCAAGGCUCGUAGUUGUAACUGAUAGUUUUUUCAUUCGUGUCACAUCUGCCUUGUGAGAGUCUCCCGGCUGCCUGCACUAGGUCAGCAUCAGUUAACAUGUAUUUUAUUAAGGAACCGGCACCCCAGGAUGUCCUGGCAUCAGGUGGGUUGAUAGUCCAGGAUGAGCCUAUAGAGAGAGUGGGUGGUCAAGGAAGGAUCCCAUGGGGUGUGGAUAACUAAUGCUUUGGGCAGGUGGCACUAAUGCCACCAACCUUCCUGCAAACCCAGAGAUCUGGACAAAUCUUGUUUUGCUACUCCAUUGCCUCUGUACAGACAGCAGAGGACAGUGAAGGUUAGUCAUUAUAUAGCUGGAUAACUUUGCACACUUCGCAUUUAAACGUGCCUUCAUUUUAUGUAAACACUGUGCCACGUGUGAAUCCCACAGAAGUUCAGUACAUAACCACCCAGCCCUUCACAGGCAGCUUACGGCCAAAUGCCGUGAAGUGUUGUUUCUAGGGAACUAUAACUGUCACCUUUUUUCUCAAAGUGCAUCACAAAUUAAAAUCUUUAAUUAGAAUCUUUAUAACUUCUGAAACUGACAUUUCCAACCAAAAUAUUUUCAGUGCCAGUACAAUUUUGUCUUUUGGUUUCUGUGUGCUACCUGGUUUGUAAUGAACUUUUCUAUCAUUCUUGCUGCCCAAUGCAAGUCUGGCAAAAUAAUUUCUUAACACCAGAGUUUAGAACUGAAAGGAUAGAAAAGUUUGAAAGUAUUAUUUAAGAUAUCACUUUUCAAUAAACGGCCUGGUUUGGGCCUUUUUCUCA